UUUGCUUUCUCUGCAUGGUGGAUGAUCAUAAAGGCCAUGACACAGUGUCAGCCUCUGCUGGGAGAAAGGAGAAACAUGACACAUUUGGGUGAAACCCAGAAGAAUUUCAAACAGAGGAUCCUGGAGAAAGAGAAGGAGAUGCUGGAGCUGAGGAAGGCUGUGGAGACUCUCAAGAGUUCCGCAGAGACAGCAGUGGAGGACAGUGAAAGGAUCUUUACUGAGAUGAUCUGCUCCAUUGAGAGAAGGCGCUCUGAGGUGACAGAGCUGAUCAGAGCUCAGGAGAAGGCUGAGGUGAGUCGGGCUGAAGGACUCCUGAAGCAACUGGAGCAGGAGAUUGCUGAGCUGAAGAGGAGAGAUGCUGAGCUGGAGCAGCUUUCACACACAGAGGAUCACAUCUAUUUCCUCAAGACUUUCCAGUCCAUCAGUGACCCACCUGAGUCUACAGGCGUGUUACCCCACGUCAGUGUGAACCAAAACGUCUCUUUUGAGGCUGCAAAGAAAUCUGUCUCUUCACUGAAAGAGCAGUUGGAGACUUUUUGGACGGAGGAAUUCAUGAAAAUAUCUGCAGCAGUGACUGGUGUCCAGGCUAUUUUACAGACUGAACCAACAACCAGGGAGGGAUUUUUACAAUAUUCCUGUCACUUCACCCUGGAUUCAAACACAGCUAAUGGAAAAGGAGGGUGGAGGAGAGAGCUGAGCUCCAGUCAUAUCCUAAUCAUCCAGAGAGAUUUUAUAAGAGACCUCAGGUGCUGUGUAGAGAGGGUGUGUCUGGACGCUGCUACUGGGAGGUUGAGUGGAGUGUCCAUGUGUCUAUAGCAAUG